AAUGUUAAUAAUAAUAAUAAAUUAGAUAUUAAUCAUGUCUGCCAAUCAUUCCGAAACAAUCAUUAAUAAUUAUAAUAACGAGAUGGCUACAUCAACCAUCCCUACAACGAACACUAUUAUAACAACUAUGAACGAUAAUAAUAAUGAUUACAAUAGUAAUUUUGAGGGUAAUGUGUUAGAUAUAAGUACCGAUCCUGAAGUUUAUUAUCGUGUUGUAUUGUUUGGUUAUAUAACGCCAAUAUUUUUUCUUAUCACAUUUGCCGCAAACAUAUUGAUCGUUUUGGUUUUAUCGAGGCCAACAAUGCGUUCUCCAACAAAUCUUGUAUUAUUAUCGAUGGCAGUUGCUGAUCUACUAACAUUGAUAUUUCCUGUUCCAUGGUAUUUUUAUAUGUAUACAUUAGGCUAUUAUAAAUUUCUACUAUAUCCGGCAUUAUCAUGUAAUCUUUAUCAUGUUAUGAGUGGAAUUCUUCCAACAUUCUUUCACACCGCAUCAAUAUGGUGUACAUUGUUAUUAGCCUGCCAAAGAUACAUUUACAUAUGCCAUCCCACAUUGGCGAAAGUCUGGUGUACAAAUAAACGCGUUACACGCACCAUAUUGGCCAUAUUUUUAUUAGCUUCCGUCCAUCAGCUGUUGCGUUUUUUUGAAAGUCAUUGGAUUGAUACAAUUGUUACGGUAUCAUAUCCUCAAACACCAACACCAUCAUCAACACAUAAAUCGAUUUUUGACGAUGACAAUGCUGAGCUAAUGUCAACAAAAAACGAAAUAUCAGAAAUUUUAUUAGAAACAAACAAUGAAACAAUUAUAAUCAAUGAACCACAAAAAGCAUGCCGUCAAGUAAUAGCAAAAUGGAUAACAUCGAUCGAGAAUCUUUAUUUUGGAACAUAUUUUGUAUUUCGUAUUGUCUUUGUUCACAUUGGACCUUGUUUACUAUUAGUCAUAUUCAAUGUUCUUUUAUAUAAUGCAUUGAAGCGUGCCGAAAAAACAAGAAAUAAAUUACUUAAUAAACAACAUCGUCAACAUUCUUCUGAACAACGAAAUGGUUCAUCUGGUUGGAUAAAACAACAACAAUCCGACGAUCAACUGAUACAACGAAAAGCUAAUCGAGGACGUGAUGCUAAUUCAACUACUGUUAUGUUGAUAGUGGUUGUAACCGUAUUUUUGAUUGUUGAAAUACCAUUAGCUGUUGCAACAGCUAUACAUGUUACAGAGAAUAUGUUUACCGUUGAUAUUGUAUCCGAUCAUUUUCUUUCAAUGACAAUUAUAUUCUCUAAUUUUUUAAUCAUUAUAUCAUACCCUUUAAAUUUUGCCAUCUACUGUGGAAUGUCUCGAGCAUUUCGUGAAACAUUUCAGCAAAUGUUCCUUAAGAAUAUAUUUGAAAUUCGUCCAACGACUAGAUCAUCAACCACAGUAAAAGCAACGACAACGUUAACAACAAUGACAAAUAUUUUAUCAACAGACAACAAUACUGCUAUCAACAACAAUACAAUAGCCUUACAACCAAAACCGCCAACGAUUUCAAGUAUGAAUCAAUCGAAAAUUUCAAAUACGAAUAUCAUUUCAUUACCAACCCCUUCGAAUCAAAAUAAUGGCAAUGAUAAUGAUAAAUGUCAUGUUCAACGGAAUUGGGGUGAUGGGAAAAGUGAUUAUGUUUGGUAA